UGCAUAUUUGAUGGAAAACAAUCCGUUACUAUCACCAGUUCCCCUAGUGAUUCAAAUGAUAAACAUCAGUGCUGUGGAUCUAAUGAUCCCAGUCCUGCUGAUAACCAUGGGCUGGAGUCGGAUAGACAAGCUCCUCCACCACUGUCUGAGGGUGUAUCUACAUGGGAAAGUUGUGGCACAGUAAGGCAAGUCAAGAAAUCUUCACUUAUUUGUCACAUUUCCAAUUUUCAGGAAUUCUUUGAACAUGCAAAAAAGCUCUGGGAUGAUGAAGGAGUAAAGGCAUGCUUCGAGAGGUCAAACGAAUACCAACUGAUUGACUGUGCACAGUACUUUCUAGAAAGAAUUGACAGUGUCAGUAUGGAAGACUACACACCCACAGAUCAGGACCUUUUAAGAUGCAGAGUUUUGACAUCAGGGAUUUUUGAAACAAGAUUUCAAGUAGAUAAAGUAAAUUUUCACAUGUUUGAUGUAGGUGGCCAGAGAGAUGAAAGAAGAAAAUGGAUUCAGUGUUUUAAUGAUGUCACGGCUAUCAUUUUUGUUGUGGCCUGUAGCAGCUACAACAUGGUAAUAAGGGAAGAUAAUAACACAAAUAGACUACGGGAAUCUCUGGACCUCUUCAAAAGUAUCUGGAAUAAUAGGUGGCUACGGACCAUUUCUAUCAUUUUGUUCUUGAACAAACAGGACAUGUUGGCUGAAAAAGUCUUGGCAGGGAAAUCUAAAAUUGAAGAUUACUUUCCUGAAUAUGUGAAUUACACUGUACCUGAGGAUGCAACACCAGAUGCAGGAGAAGAUCCCAAAGUCACAAGAGCCAAGUUCUUUAUCCGGGAUGAGUUUUUAAGGAUAAGCACGGCAACUGGAGAUGGCAAGCAUUACUGCUACCCCCACUUCACAUGUGCAGUGGACACAGAAAACAUCCGCAGAGUGUUCAACGACUGUCGAGACAUCAUUCAGAGAAUGCAUCUUCGCCAGUAUGAACUCUUGUGAUUAGGAUCACUGUGGAGCCUGUGGUUUUAAAUUCUUUGCUCCUUAGUCUAUUAUCCCACACAGGGUGGAAGAAUAUAUUAUAGAAAUGUCAGUCCCAUCAGUUUGUUUACCUUGAUUAUUUAACCCUCAAGUUGAUUGGAACCAAGUUUGGGUUUCUUUUCUUCCAUGCUUUUUUGGGACUAUUUGUGUGCUUUAUUUUGACAUGCCACUUCUUUAUCAUUCCACUAAGCCCUCUGGGCUUAAAAACCUUUCCUUAGGUUUUUUUUCCCCUUAAUUGAACAUAGUCUGCUAAAUUUUUCAAGCAGGCUAAUGUUACUUCAAACUGGUAUCUCUCAGCUGGAUGACACUAAAGUCAUAACUAUCCCUGUGUGUGGGUUCCUUUUUUUUAACAUGACAUCUAAGAGUACUUGAUAGGUGAAAAAAAGAAUAAUGCACUUUGUAUCAGGUUAUUAAAUACUGUUGAGGAAGUAUACACACAAUGUAGCAGCACCACAAUAUUUAUUACUCUGUCACAGUUUUUAGCAUUACUGAGUUGCAGGUCAACUGAUAAAGUGACCUCCUCUUUUAAGCCGUUACUGGCACAGGAAGUAGAGUAGACAAUGAGAGGAACAGUGAAGAUAAGCAAUUUUUCUGGGGUUUUGGGGCUAAGUGUCUCUGCACACCUCAGGCAUUUGAAUUACAGCUACUUUUUCAGCCUAUUACAUCUAGGCAGAAAAUUAACCACCCUCAGUUCAGUUAUUUGUGCUGUCCACAAAUGAUCCUCUUAGUUUAGAUCAUUCUUGGACAACAGUCCUCUCCCCUAUAUAUAUUUUUUGUUUUACUGCUGGUUUAUUAUAUUGUACAGACUGUAAAAUGUAAUAUUAUUUUGUACAACUUUAUUGAAGAAAAAUACUUGUAGAAGAUCUUUGUGCCUUGAUUAUGGCUGUACCUGUAAAAUGAGCUAAGAUGUAAGUAUGUUUUUGACUGCGCUGUACAGCUUGAUGUCAACCUUACCUGCAGCAGUGACUGGAGGUAAGAACUUUAUCUGUAGAGUUUAGGGGUUUUUUUCUGGUUUAUAUAAAAAUGCUCUUUAGUAUAAAAAAUUAUAAAUUAUGCAAAUUAACCACUUACCUUUCCAAGUAAGGUAUUACAGUCACCGGAUGUUGCAGCAACAUGCCUUUCUCUUUUGAAGUCUCAGCUUUAAAACAUUGGAAUUCAUUCAAGUGUCCAAAUUGCAACCUGGUGUUGUUUUAAUGGGAACCAAGGAUUUUUUUUUCUUUAUCUUUAGAAACUAUGUUUGGUAAUUCUUUGGUCAUUCAUAGAACUUCACAAUUGCCGAAGCCAAUUGUGAAUGUGUAAAGCACCAUUCUAUAGAGCUCUUCAAUCUUUGUACCAACAGCAGCUUUCAUUGUGCAAGUAAAUAGCAAGAAAGAAGAAGAAAAAAAAAAAAAAAAAAAAAAAAA